UUUCGCAAUCAAUCGGCUUUUCUUCAGUGCGAAAGUUCCACUCCCCGUUUUUAUUGCUGUGCGAUUUCUGAUCUCACUCCUAAUCGGGGAUUUUCUGUAAAUUAAGAAGUAUCCCUAACUUGUGUGAAUAGUGCUGAUUCAAGAGUACCUACAGAACCAUGUUGAAUUACCUGCGGUUAGCGACUCCCUUCGUCCGUAGCGCCGUGAACCCUUCGAGUUUGGUAUGGAAAAAUCUAACCCCGUGUCGUACGUUCCUGACCGGUAGUAAUCCGGUCGGUCGAAGUUCCUCCCUCCUGCAGAAUGUUAAAAAGGCAAACAUCAGCACACCUGGUCGCAUUCUGCAGACGUCGCUGACCCGGUACUGCACAAAGCCGGAAGUGACCGAGAAGGGUCGAAAAGCGGUGGGAUACUGGCUGCUCGGCUGCAGUGGAAUGGUCUUCGUGGCGGUUGUGUUAGGUGGUGUGACACGCCUCACUGAGUCCGGGCUUUCGAUGGUCACGUGGAAGUUGUUGGGUGAGAAGAUGCCACGAAGCCAGCAGGAGUGGCAGGAGGAAUUCGAGCGCUAUCAACAGUUUCCGGAGUUUAAGCUCAAAAAUAAAGACAUCACUCUGAGUGAAUUCAAAAUGAUUUGGUUCAUGGAGUACGGUCACCGUCAAUGGGGCCGCCUUAUCGGAGCAUUUUACGCCAUUCCAGCGGUCUACUUCUGGUCCCGGGGCUACCUGAACCGGGGCAUGAAAAUCCGCACCAUUGCAUUUGGAGCCCUGAUAGCCGCCCAAGGUUUGAUGGGAUGGUACAUGGUCAAGUCCGGUCUCGAGGAUCGGUUCCAUCAGGAAAGUGACGUACCACGUGUUUCCCAGUACCGUCUGGCUUCCCACCUGGGAUUUGCAUUUGUUCUGUACUCUUUGUUCCUGUGGUCCGCCUUGGACAAGUUGUUACCGGCGCAGAAACUGUUGGGCAAGAUUCCAGCAGCAACGUUCAAGUUCAAGGGACUGGCACAUGCCACCAAAGCAGCAGUAUUCAUUACGGCCAUGUCCGGCGCCUUGGUAGCUGGCCUGGAUGCCGGUCUAGUCUAUAACUCGUUCCCCAAGAUGGCGGACCGGUGGAUUCCCAGCGAUAUCCUGGCCAUGUCGCCCACUUUGAGGAACUUUACCGAAAAUCCAACCACCGUUCAGUUUGACCAUCGAGUGCUCGGAACGGCAACCCUAACGCUAAUCACUGGAAUGUUCAUGCUCUCACGGAGGCGAGUGCUGCCACCGAGGGCGUACACUGCUGCCUCUGCCGUAGCUGCCAUGGGAUGGUUGCAGGUGCUGCUGGGUAUCACCACAUUGCUCACCUACGUGCCAGUUCCGCUCGCUGCUAGUCAUCAGUCUGGGUCCCUGCUUCUGUUGUCGUUUGCGAUUUGGCUGACGCACGAAAUGAAACUGGUCAAGCGGUUGCCCAAGUAAAUGUUAUGUAAUGUAAGUAUAAAACUUUACGUUUUAAAAAUGAAAUUGUUAACAGUGGAUCUGUUAAAUGAAUAA